CCUCCUCAACCCCCCCCAAGAUCCAACUCAAUUUACACUUUUCACUCAUCCCUUCACUCCUUCCCUCACCCCUCAAAUUAAUGGCUCCCUCGACCAUAUUAUAUGUAUUUUGUAUCUUGCUUUUUCAUCUUCAAAUCACCAGAGGGAAACAAGUUAAUUGCAAUAGCUUAUCAUGCGGUGAUAUUGAUAUUCAAUUUCCUUUCGGUUUGAAAGGAUCCAAUCAAGAUCGUAGCUGCAGCUAUUACCCAGCUCCCACUUUCCAUCUCUCUUGCAUCAACCGCACCCAAACAAUUUUGACGCUCCCAUAUUUCGGAGACUUGCUCGUGAAAAGCAUCGAUUACGAAUCCCAAAGCAUCCGAGUCAACGACCCAAACGGUUGCCUCCCGAAACGGUUCUUACAUAAAUGGAACCUCUCCGGUUCGCCUUUCAAGUUAAACCCCGCCCUUUACGGAACAACACCGUACAACCUCACUUUCCGACGUUGUCCAUCCAAUGUAACAGACUCGCCUCAAUUGCCGUUAGUGCCGAUUUCGUGCCUCAGCAACUCCAACAACUCUUCCGUCAUAGUUUCGUGGUCGCAGCCUAUUGUGUCGUCACCCAUGGUGUCUCAAUGGUGCGAGGUUAUUUCAUGGGCUUAUGUCCCCCUCCCAACGUUGGACAUACCGAUGUGGCCCUUCUGGCCCGAUCUCAACGACGAUCUUCAGUUGGUGUGGGCCCAACCCAGGUGUAAGGAGUGCGCACUUAGUGGCCAACUUUGUGGGUUCUCUAAGGAUAACAGUCUUCAAGUUGCGUGCUACCCUAGUUCUCGUUCCUCUAGCAAAGGUCUAUCAAGAAGUGCCAAAUAUGGCCUAGCUAUUGGAGUGGGAAUACCUGGACUCUUGUGUAUAAUUGGGUUUUCUUGUUUUUUAUGUGGUAAGUUCAGGAUGAUGACCCAUCGUGGACCUAGCACAGAGCUUCCAGCCACAAUUUCCUUAGAACCUAUCCCUUUUGUAAUGGGACUUGAUGGUGCUACUAUUGAAAAGUAUCCCAAAACUCUUCUUGGGGAGAGUGGGCGCUUAUUGAAGCCCAAUGACAAUACCUGUGCAAUUUGCCUCUCUGAAUAUGAACCCAAAGAGACCUUGAGGAGCAUACCCGAGUGCAACCAUUAUUUUCAUGCUCAGUGCAUAGAUGAGUGGCUCAAAAUGAAUGGCACGUGCCCAAUAUGCAGGAAUUCACCCGAAGCAUCUUCCACCAUCUCUUUUUCUUCCUUAUCUCCCACUUCUUCAUUGUCCUCUUCAUAAUACAUAGUCCCAGUUAAAGCAACAUAUAUGGAUACAGUGUAGAUCCAGAAUAGUGUUAGUAAUCUGUGUUUAUACUAUUUUUAUUUUUCUGACUUGCUAUGAACGAGAGGAGCCAGAAAAAAUCUAUAAAAACCAAAUAAAACGGGCUUUCAACAAAGCC